CGAAACUGCAACUCUCCCAUCUUGUCCAACUAGUAACGCGCCCUCACUUACUCCAAGCAUGAGUGACGCAGGCGCACGCCGUGGCGAUAGCCGCGCAACGGCACCGACGCGAGCAUAGCGUCGCAGAGAGAGCCGCGCAAUAGGCGCAAUUAGAAUCGCGCGGUCGUCGGAGUAAAAAUCACGACGUCCCGCGCCUGUUAGAAGCACCCUGUCCCCACUCGAAAAGUCCGAAACUAGGCGCCAUGAAAGGCGGCCGCACCACCGUGCCCAGGGGCGCCGCCGCGAGCGCGGUGCAUGCGAACCCCUUCCUCGCGGCACACAUCAACACUGACGUCGGCGCCGCAGUGGGAGGCGAGGGCUCCGUGCGCACAACCUCCGAUGCAGGGAGGGGGGGCGGGCCGCAGAUUUCAAAGGACAAGAAACGGAAGCGCGGCGCGCGGGCGGACGGGCGACGGAUGCCGGCCGCCGAGUCCGCCACGCCGGACGACGAUGACGACGACGGCGUGCAGGAGUACGCCCCACUGCACGGCGCGGCAGAUGGCGACGCCGACGAGGGUGUGCACACGCUCGACGACGGCGAAGACGAAGAUGAGCGCGAUCGCGACACGGUGGAGGUCCCUGAUGACGACGACGACGCAGGAGGGGAGGGGGAUGGGACGGGCACGGGGGUGGAUGCGCGAAUGAACAAGGGGCUCGGGCGUGCGCGGGGGGGGGAAGGGGGCGCUACGGACGAGGCGGAAGAGGAGGAUGCGGAGGACGGCGACGAGGAUGACACUGGGGGGGAGGGGGGAGAGGAGGGGGAGGAGGUGGAUGCUGACGGGGGGGAGGAGGAGCAGGAGGAGGAUGAGGAGGAGGAUGAGGAGGAUGAGGAGGAGGAGGAGGAGGAGGAGGAAGAGGAGGGGGAGUUCCGCGAAGGGGGGGGGGGGAGGCACGCGGCUAAUCUGGUGCGGAAGGCGUGCGGUGUGGCGCGGGCGCAGGCACGUGCCGCAGGGAUGGGGGCGAUGAAGAAGCAGAGGUCGCAGCCCAAGGUGACGGCGUCUGCGAAGGCGGUUCCGAAGGUGACGCCGAUGGUGACGCCGAGGGCGAUGCCGAAGCCAAGGGAGGCGAGGACGGCAGUGGCGAAGGUGGCGGCGGAGGGGAAGGCGAAGGCGGCCGAUCCGCCCCACUGGUCAAGAGAUGACAAGAAGCUCGCUGCAAGCCCGGCCUCCGGAACUCUGUGGACGGAGGAUGAGCUGCACACGCUCGCCCUCGCGCGCGUACAGACAUUCAACGAGCUCACCCGGAAAGGAGGCCUGCAUGGCAUGCCGUAUUGGGAGGCCCUCCACGACUACAUCCGAGGGUUCUGGCCUGCGUUCAACCGGAGCCCCUCCGCCCUGGAGAAACAGUGGCGCAACCUGCAGCAAGCGUGGAGGCAGAAUGGGGGGAGACCGACGCUCGAGAACGGAGUGCUGACCGGCGAGUGGCGGCCAUUGGUCGGCCAGUACCUAGAUAUGAAGUGGAAUGCAGAGAGGGCCGCGGAUGAAGCCGCCCAGCGCGAGGGCCGAGCAGCUGGCGGUGGCACCCUCCGACCGCGCUCGGCGGGCACCGUCACAGGAUCCAUGAGAACCCCGACAUCCGGCCGUCGGCGGCGGCGACGGGGAACCACCCUUGACGCCGCGACGCACCAUGCGGCGGUCUGCAAGGAUGCUAUUGACGCGGGCUUCGACAGGCUGGUCGCACAAAACGAGCGGCAGACAAAGGAGGUCGUUGACGCCCUCCUCGUGAUCGCCGCUGCCGUCCGUGCACAGUCCGUUGCGGGCGCGGCACCCGUGGGGCACACGGUGCCUGCAGCGCCCUCUGCCGAUAAUGUUGGCGUGGUAGGUGCUGCGGCUCCUGGCGACAAGGGGGGAGAGCAGCUGCAGGUUCGCGAACAGCAUCCGACCAUGCUUCAGGUGCCGGUUCUGCUGCAGCAGCAGCCCGCCCAGCAGCAGCACGUGCAGCAGCAGACCGCGCAGCAGCAGCCCGCGCAGCAGCAGCAGUGCCAUGGAACAUUGCCGCAGCUCCAGCCGCUGCAUCAGCCAGAGCAUCAGCCGCCAGUGCAGCUGCUCCAGCCGCUGCCUCAGCCGCAGCACCAGCAGCAGCCUGAGCCGCAGCACCAGCAGCAGCCUGAGCCGCAGCACCAGCAGCAGCCUGAGCCUCAGCACCAGCAGCAGCCUGAGCCGCAGCACCAGCAGCAGCCUCAGCUGCAGCACCAGCAGCAGGCUCAGCCGCAGCACGAGGAGCAGCCUGAGCCGCAGCACGAGCAGCAGCCUCAGCAGCAGCCUCAGCCGCAGCCUCAGCCGCAGCAUCCGCCUCAGCUGCCCCAGCAGGGGCCUCCGCAUCCGCAGGCGGCACUUCAGGAAUCCGCCCAGCCGGGCGACGCAUGAGGUGUGAAGGCCCGUAUCGAGUGGCAUGGCCGGGCCUGAGCAGGUCUGGUUCUUGCCUGCAAAUAGGCCUUGCUUGUGUGCACCAAGCCCCCAAAUUGCAGACUUUUUAUUAUGAUUCAGACUUUUUCAGACUUCUUUUGGGGGUGUACUCUGAUUGAGAAGACUUUUUUUUGCACUUGACUCUGAUUUUUCAGAGAUUUAUGUAUCAGAAAAAUUGAAUGAAUGUAAAGUCAUGACACUAUCAGGCGCAUACUCGGCCUACAGUGGCAUGUACUACACCGGAACAAUCAUCCCCAUCU